CAUCUUCCUUCUGCUUUCCUCACUCUCCGUUCUCACUAGCAUCUUUCGUGCAGUAAUGGCGCCUCUCUUUGCUGUUGCGAUUGCUGUAGCUAGCCUACUCUCAUCUGCCCUCACUACAGAAGCGCGCAUACCGGGGAUCUACGCCGGCGGGUCGUGGCAAAGCGCUCACGCCACUUUCUACGGCGGCAACGACGCCUCCGGCACAAUGGGUGGGGCGUGCGGAUAUGGGAAUCUGUAUAGCCAGGGCUACGGCGUGGAGACGGCGGCGCUGAGCACGGCGCUGUUCAACGGGGGUUUGAGCUGCGGGGCGUGCUUUGAGUUAAAGUGUACCGAAGAUCCACAAUGGUGCGUACCUGGCAACCCUUCGAUCUUCAUCACGGCGACUAAUUUCUGUCCCCCGAACUUCGCUCAACCUUCUGAUAAUGGUGGAUGGUGCAAUCCGCCUCGCACUCACUUUGAUCUUGCGAUGCCGAUGUUUCUGAAGAUCGCACAUUACCGUGCCGGCAUAGUUCCGGUUUCGUUUCGCCGAGUGGCUUGCAAGAAGAGUGGCGGCAUCCGGUACACCAUCAACGGCUUCCGUUACUUCAAUUUGGUUCUGAUCUCCAACGUCGCCGGCGCCGGCGAUAUCGUGAAGGUCAGCGUGAAGGGAUCUCGCACGGGCUGGAUGACAAUGUCGCGCAACUGGGGCCAGAACUGGCAAUCGAAUGCCGAUCUGGUUGGUCAAGCUCUUUCCUUCCGCGUCACCGGCAGCGAUCACCGGACCUCCACCUCCUGGAACAUUGUUCCGGCGAACUGGCAGUUUGGGCAGACUUUCUCCGGCAAGAAUUUUCGCGCUUGAGCUGUACGGCCCGACCCGGCCCAACUGGCUUAUGGUCGGCCGUGUUGAAGUGUGUGAGAUUGUGGGCCGAUUUUUAGGCCGUGUUUGGGGGUUUGGGCUACGCUAAUGUGUGCUAUGACCAUAUAAGAAUAUUUGUGGUGAAGAAUGAAAAUACUGAUUAUCUGAGUUGCUGAAGUGGCUGCAAAAGAAUGCAGCCCGCAGCCACUUUCAUUAUUCUCUAAUGAAAAUAUUUAUAUAUAUAAAUAUAUA